CAUAUUAUCAUCAUACCCUCCUCCCACCCCUACAGCCUAUUCCAUUUCGAAAACAAAAACACAAAUAUUUCAAAAAAACAAUGGCAACAAUUUCUAGCCUUAGCCUAUCAACCCCAAGAAUCUCACCCAAAGCAUCAUCAGACUCACCAAAGGCCCACACCAUCAUUAAUAAUAAGCUGAACCACCCUUGGAAUUGGAACAGAUCCAGUCAAUUCGGGCCGGGUCGGAUGUGUGUCCGACCCGUGGCAGCUGUCCCGGAAGGCCUGUCGGAGAAGGUGGCGGAGAGCAUAAAGAGCGCGGAGGAGACAUGCUCCGAUGACCCGGUGAGCGGAGAGUGCGCGGCGGCGUGGGAUGAGGUGGAGGAGCUCAGUGCAGCGGCAAGCCAUGCCAGGGACAAGAUGAAAGAGUCCGACCCGCUUGAAAAUUUCUGUAAGGAUAACAUGGAUACCGAGGAGUGCCGCACUUACGAUGAUUGAUCAAUCAACCAUGCUCAUAUGUGUAUGUUUGUGUGUUUUCUUUUUUUUGAAUUUUAAAAAUAAAAAGUUCGACUUUGAGAUUUCAUGUUGAUUUUAGACUUUGUGAUAUAACGAAUAGACUUGCCUUGUUUCAUAUAUUAGCAAUUGGGUUCAUA